AUGGCAGCGACCGCGAGCACGACCGGCGCAUCGGCCUCGGGGUCCACCUCGAGCGCCCUGCGCGUGUCGCCACUCUCGCCCGUCCUCCUCGACGCCCAGUCCUCGUCGGGUGUCGCCAGCAACGUCAGCCUACACCCGCUACCGAUCCUCAACGUGUCGGAGCAUCUCGUCAGGACCAGGCUGCAGUCCUCUUCCGACAAUGUCAGAGUCUACGGCAUGCUGCUCGGCACCCAGUCCGGAAGAGACAUUGAGAUCCAGAAUUCGUUCGAGAUCCAGCUGGCCGCCGCCGGCGGGUCCAGCUUGGAAGUCGACCACGACUUCCUCAGAUCCAGACAGGCGCAAUACAAGCAAGUCUUUCCGACGCUCGACGUCCUGGGAUGGUACACGGUCGGCGCAGUGCCUCUCGAGAGCGACAUGCACAUCCAUAAGCAGCUGCUGGUGUACAACGAGACGCCCCUGCUCCUCCAGCUCCAUCCGACGGUGGCAUCAUUCGAAGCAGCGGACAAGGACGGCGAGCUGCCCAUCAACGUGUACGAGUCGGUCAUCGAAAUGGUCGGCACAGAGGCGACCACGUUCUUCAUCCCCACCGGCUACCGCAUCGAGACGGGCGAGGCAGAAAGGAUCGCCGUGGACCACACGAGCAAGGCAGGCGCCGAGUCGGGCGGGAGCGAUGAGAGCAGCAUGGUCGCGAGCCUGAUGGCGCAGUACAACGCCAUCGCCAAGCUGCAGGACCGCAUCAAGCUCGUCACGGCGUACAUGCAGCAGGUCAAGGAGGCAAAGGUGCCCAUGGACCACGAGAGCCUGAGGCAGAUCAAGGCCGUCGUCUCCAACCUGCCCGCCACGGGCCUGGACGACCUCAACGUCGAGCUGCUGAGGGAGUACAACGACGUCCUCCUGACCAACUACCUCACGACCAUGACCAAGGGCGUGCAUACGAUGAACGAGCUGGUGGACAAGUUCGAUCUGGUUCAGAGCGGACAGGCCGAGGGAGAAUUUGGUCCGGGCGGAGGCAUGGGACCGGGUGGACGCGGCGCGAGGAGUCGACCGCACCGUGAGGCAGGGGCGGGCAUACGCGCUGUGUACAGCUGA